CAUAAAGUAUUUUCAUAACCAGUCUGAUCAAGUUCAAGGCCGAUGUAGCUUCAUUGACAACAAACUCUUCAGCAAAAGCGAUAAUAGUAAACUAUUGCGAUAAAGCCAUGACAGAAAGACCUUUACAUUGUACCAUUAAAAACCCUGUUACCUUAAAUAUUUCUGACUUAAAGUCAGAAUUCCAUUCUGGAUGUCGUAUAAUUGAUGUGUCCUUGUCAAACAUCAUCAACCCAGAGAAAACCCAGCUGUCACUUAAGUCAGCAAAGGGCAAAUCAAAAGUGGCAGAGGAGGUGGAACAGGUGGGAGAAAUUCACUUCAAGAACAGCUACACAGCAUAUCUCACAGUGAAAGCAAAAUGCAGAAUACAAGACAGUAAAGACGGUAAUGAGAUGCGAUGGCGGACAUGUGUGAAGAAAAUGAAGUUGAUGUCUAGUCCACAUGUAGAGGCAGGGGCACAGGACUACUUUGUUAUUACGCGUAAACAUAUGCAGUUUGAACUAGUCAAUGUAUCAGCCUUAAGGAUUAUUCUGCAACAGCCUUCAUCUGUAUGGAAAGAAUUUAAAAUAGAAGAUUUAAAGAUUUACAGGUCUUCAGAGUCUGGUCGGCCAAACCCUCUCCCAGCCUGGCUCACAGACACCCCAAAUAAAUCAGGAAAGAAAAAAGUAGAGCACACAGAGGAGGACUGGUGUCCACCGCCAGUUAUCAAAAAGGACCCUGAUGUAAUGGGUGUUACCAAUCUUGAAGCAUUAUCAUCAACAUUGCAACAGUUAUGGGCCCUGUCUGAGGAAGUGGCUGCCCAACAAACCAACAGGGCACUUGGAAGAUAUGAGGUGGACGGUUGUUAUGAAAUCAACCUUUUGUCAUACCCCUAGCAUUUUAGUUGCUAAAAAAUGUUUAUAGAAGAAUGUG